AUGGAGGAGGCAUCUAGUACACGUAUACCACCGAGUUAUAAUGCAAGUUAUAAUGCAGAUAAAAUACCGACUGUAUCAGAACAUAUAAUAGAUCCUGAUAUACUACCGGGCGAAGAAACGAAAUCAUCAAAUUUAAGUAACGAGACUAUACAUUCACCUGUCACAUCUAUACAUGCAUCACCAAUUAAGAAGAUAAAGUUAGAAGAACCAGUCAAGAACUAUGCAACUAAUUCUACUCAAUCGCCUAAUCGUUCAAUAGUAAAGAAAAAUAGACUUGUUAUCGUAUAUGAUAAACCUCGGUAUACGCAUAUGAAGAUGCUUUUAGAAGGGCUUCAAAAUAUUAAAAAUGAGAAUAUUUAUAUAAUUGAGCUUAAUUCAAUUGAUAGUUUGGAUUCAGAUACUAGGUUUUCAAGUGUCCUGUACGACUAUUUAAAUAUUUGUGUGGAAUAUAAUGAUGAAUUUGAAAAUAAUAUGAAAAAGCUAAUUGACUUUAUCGAGCAUGAUGCGACUCGAAUGCAGAGUAUGUCUGAAAUAGCAUAUCAUUUCCAUUUUGAUUCUCAUAAGAAGUGGGAAGACUACCAAGAGUAUGAAAGGCAAGAAUAUCUGAGGUUUCUUGCGGUAUUGAAUAAGGUAGCUGGGGACCAAGUAACACAAUGCUCGGUGAUUAAUAAGUAUGAAAUAAACACGAUAUAUCUUACUGAAAGGAAUGAUUUAGCGAAGUUGGGUCAAGAGAUUCAAGAAGAUAUACAAAAUUGGAAAAACUUGAAAGUAUUUGAUUACGGUGAAAACUGUAUUCGUUUCUUCCCUGGAGUCAAAUUUCCUGAUUCCUUAGAGAUACUAAAUAUUGGUGGUGGAUAUUCGUUAGAAACGUUGGCAGGGUUUAAAAUGCCACCUAACUUAAAAGUUCUUGUGGCCUGCAAUGGUUCUAUUUCAAGCAUAGACAACGUCAGCUUCCCAUCAUCGCUUGAAAAAUUACAACUAGUCGAAAAUAAAAUAUAUUUCUUGAAUUAUGUUGAAUUUCCUCCGAGGUUAGAGACUUUAGAUGUAUCUCAAAAUAGAAUAGAUAGUUUGCGAGGAGUAAAUUUUCCCAGAAACUUGAAAUAUUUAUCAUUAUCCCAAAACCCAAUAGAAUGUAUUAAAGGGGCUAAGUUCCCAGAAAGCUUAGAAUAUUUGGAUCUUUCUUGCAUACCUAAUGAAUCCAUGACUGGUGUGAAAUUUCCGGAUCUGCUACACUCCUUGAAUAUACAGCAAUCUAUGACUAACACAAGAGGCUUGAAGUUACCAGCUUUUCUAAAGGAAGUCAAUUUGGGAUUUAAUGGAGUUAAUAGUAUAAACCCUUUGAAAUUACCAAAUAGUAUUGAGAGUUUGUAUUUGGGAAAUAAUAAUAUUAAGACACUUAACAAAGUACAAUUUCCUAUGGCAUUAAAAAAAUUAUAUCUUGGUAACAACUUAGUGACUACAUUGAAGAAUGUGCAGUUUCCACCCGGGUUGGAGUUGCUUGAUAUUGAAAUGGAUCCUGAUAUUGAUGAAAAUGAUAAGCGUAUAACUACAUUGAAGGACGUAAUCUUUCCUCCUGAGUUAAAAGUUUUAAGAUUAGGGUACCAUUCUAUAAAAAGUGUUGAGUCAAUAGAGUUUCCAUAUUCAUUAACAUCUUUGAGCUUGGCAUAUAAUGAACUAAAAAUUAUACGAAAUGUCAAAUUUGGGAACAAUUUAAGAACAUUAGACUUGAGCGGGAACCAAGAGUUGACAAAUAUCGACCACGUAUUGAUCCCCGAAUCCGUGACAGACUUACGAAUUCCCUCUCUGCUUGUAACAAAUUUGCCGGCAUAUAUAGUAGAAAGGGCAAAUAGAAAACAGUUGGUUAUUAGUAAGUCAUUGCCUUUCAGUACUUGA